AUGUCUAGGCCCGAAGAAAUCGCUCCGCCGGAGAUUUUCUAUAACGAUGCAGAAUCUUUCAAGUACACGUCGUCAUCGCGUGUGCAGCAUAUUCAGGCCAAAAUGACUCUUCGAGCACUAGAGCUUUUAAACUUGGACUCGGAUCAGCCGCACUUUUUGCUUGAUUUGGGCUGUGGUUCCGGGCUUUCGGGCGAGAUUUUGACAGAGGAGGGCUACAACUGGAUCGGAAUGGACAUUGCCCCCAGCAUGUUGGCUUCCGCUUUGGACAGAGAGGUGGAGGGAGACUUGUUUUUGGGAGACUUGGGAAAUGGCAUUCCGUUCAGGGCAGGCACGUUUGAUGCAGCCAUUUCUAUCUCUGUGAUCCAGUGGUUAUGUAACGCAGAUACUGCCGGUGUUGACCCCAAGAAAAGAACCUUGAGGUUCUUUAACUCCUUGUAUGCUUCCAUGAAGAGAGGAGGCAAGUUUGUGGCACAGUUUUACCCUAUGAAUGAUACGCAAACACAAACCAUGUUGGAGGCAGCCAAAAUCGCCGGUUUUGCUGGAGGUUUGAUCAUUGACGAUCCCGAGUCUAAGAAGAAUAAAAAGUAUUAUCUUGUUCUCACAGCUGGUCAGGCGGACCGCAACUUGAAUUUGGCUGGCGCUCAAAUGGAAGCACCAGACCAGACUAAGAAGCUCAGCAGCAAAAUGAAGAAGAAGUUGGAGAGUCGGAAAGAUUAUAUCAACAGAAAGAAGGAGGCCAUGAGACGGAGAGGAAGAAAAGUGGCGCAUGAUUCGAAGUUCACGGCCAGACAAAGACGCCCCCGCUUUUGA